AUGGUCGGUUGUAUGACCGUUGUUUAUGGUGCUAAAUAUGUAUAUAAAUCUACAUUGGAUUUCCAAGUUGGUAAUCGAGUAAUUAUGACUCCUAGUAAUAAUCCUCUCUUGACCAGUUCCAAAUUACCGUCCAUAUUACAAGGUCAACAGAGUGAUGUUAACUCUUCUCAAGAUAUUAUUCAAAAGGAAAUUGAUUUAAGUUCACAAUUUGGUCGAUUGUUAUGUGCUAUUUUAUUCUAUCAAGGAUUUGAAAAAUCUCAUAUGAUAAUCAGUGAAAGACGUGAAUUAGCAAAUUAUAUCUUUACAACAGGUUCACAAAUACUAAAUUUUAAUCAAAUUUUAACUAGUCUUGCUAUGUCAAUUAUUGAACGUGAAUAUGAUCGUCAAUCUCUAGAAUUUCAGUCAUCACAACGAUUAGUAAAUCAAAUUGCUAAUGUAAUUAAAAAAGAAAAUAAUCAUGGCGAUGUUCGUGUCAUACAUAAGAAUGAUUGGUUCUACUUAUUAAUUCAAUCAUUAUAUGAAUAUAUUGAUAGUAAAUUUUGGAGUUCUUUUCCUUGGUGUGGUUGUACAACUAAAGCAAAACAACGACAUAAAUUACAACAAAUAUUAGAUGAUUUACUUGCAUUAAUAUCAAAUGAUAUUCCAAAAAAUAAAGAAAUUCAACGACAAGUACAAGUUUUAAGAUUACAAAAAUUAGCAAAUCUAAAAUUUCCAGCAGCUGAUAAACGAGAAAUAUGUGCUCGACCAAUAGAAGAGAUUCGAGCAUGGCAAUUAAAACAAAAAACUGAAGGAAUAACAUCAACAUCAGCAGUUGCACUUGAGAAAUAUUGA